AUGGGUGUUCUUCUCAAGAAUGAAGAUUUUAUUUCACAAUACAAAUUCAUUAUUUCAUCAACAAUUAUCAGUGAAUCAAACAUCGAAUCAUUCAUCCGAUACAGUCUUAAAACACGUGAUUUCGAUAAAACAUGUUCAUUCAUCGCAUCUCAUAUCUCUUUUCUUGGACCUUCAAAACUUUGUCUUCUUUUUGAAUCUGUUUAUCAUUCUAUUGCAUCAUCAUAUUUUAACGAAAACAUCGAUAAUAUUUUUGUUGAUUUUAUUUCAAGUAUUUUGAGUAAUAGACAUGUUUUUGUCUACAAUGAAGAUGAUAUCUGUGAUUUUGUUAUUUCAUUCAUCAAAACAUUUUCACCUUUAUUAUCAUUUUCAGAAACAUCAAAAUUCGACAAACUGAUUGAAUUCAUCAGAUUCGAAUUCUGCACAAACGAAACAAUUUAUCGUUUCAUCAAAUUUUAUUCUUCAUUUAUCAACUGUUUUGAUCAAGAAAUCAAAACAGGAAAUAAAUCAUAUGAAAAUAUUCAAAACGAAAAUGAAAUCUUCACUCAUUUAUUUGAAACAUUAAUGUUAUCAUCAAAUAAUAAUUAUACAUUUGAUAAAAUUUCAACAACAGAUGAAAACAUAAAUUCACUUGAAAAAUAUUGGAAAUCAAAUGAUUUCCAAAAUCUUUAUCUAACAUUUUUAAAAUGCAGUCGAGAAUGA